UUUCAGAAUUUUCACCACAAUGGAAUUAGUAAUAAACCCACCGCAACAAGUUUUCGACCAACUUAUCAACUUAUCUGGGGAGCUCAAUGGCUGGGCUCAUCAACCAUAUGAUUAUCGAUUUUAUUCGGAAAAUUUUGAUGAAUAUUGGUUUAUUGCAGUUGUUGAUAAGGAGAAAAAACCCCAUGAAAACUUUGUUGCUGGCGGGUGUUUGGCACGGUGGGAUGCUGAAAAUGAGGCUUCACUCUACUCAAUUGGUCUGUAUUACUGUAAGGAAGAAUAUCGUGGGAAAGGACACGGAUUGCCGGUUUUCAAGGCGAUGAUGGGUAUUGUGGGGGACGGAAAUUGCGUUCUGACAGCUGCAGUGGACAUGUCUGAAAAGUACGCCACCACUUUUGGAUUCAAGGAAAUGCUCCCGUUUUGGCAUAUGGAAGCAGAAAUUGAGCCGGGAAAAAUGAGAAUUUCAGCGGAUUUGACGGAGAAAUAUGUUACAAAGGACUGGAAAGAGGUGGGUGAAGCUCAGCUAGAAGCCUAUGACCUAACAAUUUGCACCCGAAAUCGCAAGAAACUCAUGAGAAACUGGUUUCAACAGGAUCAGGUUUAUACUAGAAUCGCAUUUGACAGCAACCAGAAAAUUGUGGGUUACUGUACUAUCCGAGUGGUCAACCUAAACCGGCUUUGCGCUGCACCGUUUUAUGCUGAAAAUGUGGAAGUUGCGGAGGUUUUAAUGGCGGAUAUGAUGAAAAGUAUUCCGGAUUUUGCAAGUUUUGAGAAGUUGAUUUUCUGGUACCCGGAUGUUAAUAAAGAUGUGGAGAGAUUGCUCCAAAAGUUGCUCCCAAGUGAUGGAUAUCAUAUAAAAAAAGAUUUCCGUACCCAAUUUACGAAAAAUGUGAUCAAAGCCCGAGAUGGGGUGGUGUACUCCGUUGCCUGUUCUACACAUCAAUUUGUUUGAAAUUUUUGGUUAAUUUUGUAUUUUUUUCAAAUUUUUUAAAUUGUAUUUUUAAAGUUUGGAGUAAAACUUUUUU